ACCAAACUCUCUUUUUUUUCUCUCUUUCUAUAUCACAUAUGCAAACACACGAUAUGGAGGUUUGUUCAACAGUCACCACAAAGAAGCUCUCAAGCCUUGCCAAGCUAAUCCUCUUUGCCAUCCAGAAGGUCUCGGACGCCUCACGUCACAAACUCCUCACAACCCUCGAUCCGCAACUGCUCGCGAAACGAGGCAAGAUCCUACGCAAGUCUAUAAACGACGCCGUAUCAACUUCCCACUCACGCAUCACGUGCCGUCCCUCCGACCACGACGACGUCCGAUCCUCUUUCAUCUCCCCUGUCCCGAUGAUCCAGCUGGAGUACGAGUUCAGCUGCAGCAGCACCCCACCGAGACGUUCCUACGCCUCAGCCACCAUCGGAGGCCACGUCAGCAACGGACGACGUAGCGGGUCCCGCAAACCGCUCAUCAACAAGCGCCAACGCCACGCGUAUAUACGAUACCACACACUCCCUAAGGUUCGAGAUUCCGUUUGGGACCGACACGUGGCGGCGGCCGUGUUUCCAGACGUAGCUAGCAGCACAGGAACCAUAGAUAGCUGCCACGUGGACAGAGCAGCGGAGGAGUUUAUACAGAGGUUCCAUAGACAGCUGAGGUUGCAGAGGUGGAUGACCGCUCAGGAGGUUUAAAACAUUUAUAUAAUUUAGCGUUACUUUCUUCGUUACACCCAAAAUAUCAUAUCAUAUCAACGAAAUAAAUAUUAUAUAGUAGUAAUACUGUAGGUAACUUUCGUAGUCUUGUUUUGACUUUUUUAAUUUCUUCUUGUAGUAGUAUAUAUUUUCCUAGUUUUCCCUUUUUUUUUGUUCUUUUUCUUUUUGUGUAAUCCAUGAUCGUGUUUUGGAUCUGCGUGGACGAAA